AUGAAGCGAAUAGUUGCAAUGAUCGAUAAAAAAGAAAAUUACAAAUGUGGUUGUCAACAUAUUUUCAACUAUUGGACGUUAAUGGGUGAGCAACUGAACUUUCGAGCGUUGUUGCUGAAACUUCAAGAUGCUUUAUCGAGGAGUGAUCGAGAACGCUUUCAUUUUAUUCUUGGUGAUAUUAUUCCUGCUGAUGUACGUGAUGAUUUAAGUAUGGGAAGUACAUUGAAGCUUCUGGAAACAUUGAUCAAGCAAGGAAACAUUGAUCAACAAGAUGUCGGUUUUCUAAUCAAGGUAUUUAGCAAAAUUCAUUGUCAGAGUAUUGUAAACAUGUUGAAACAACAUGAACGUUUUCAACAGCUGGAAGAUGAAGAAGAUUCAAUCGUCACAACUAAGUGUAGUUCAAAUCAAAUGAUCGAGAGUGAGAAUAUCAACUCAACAUAUGUUUCAAAAGAGAUCACUCCAAAUCUUUACUAUCAUUCUGAGUCUACUCCUCUACUUUCGAAUGGGUUACACCCAAUAGUAACAUCGCAAAGUUUGGUUGAGUCAACUUUAGUCGAACUGAAUGAAUCGAAUCAAAAUAAAGAAUCUUGUUCUAAUCGAUGCUAUCAAAUAUUAAAGAAAAAAACAUCGAAAUGGUCAGUUCUAUUAUUUAUCUUCAACAUAAUUUUCCUCUCCUUUGCCAUUGUUCUAUUUCCUCUUCGCUGGCAAUUACCUAUUGCACAUGUACGAUGUCUAGAUGAUGUCUAUGCUAUCAAAGAAGGUGACAUAAAUGGAGGAAAUGGUGGUGAAUCAUUUGAUGAUGCCAAAGGUUAUGGACUUACCUAUGGUGAUCGAUGCACGGCGGUUGAAGUUCACUGGUCAUCAAACUUAAUUAACUCAGUUCGAUUUACAUAUAGGAUGUCGUCGACACAAGACAAGACUGUACAUUAUGGAUCACAUGGUGAAGAUGCAGGAUUCCAUGAAGAAUUUCAACUUCUUCCAGACGAAGAGAUUAAUAAAGUCACGGUCAAUGCCCGUAACAUAACGAUGGUGACAAAUACCUCCUAUUUUCUCAUUACUGGUAUUCGAUUUCAUACAACUCAAGGACGCAUGAGUCAACAUUAUGGUGCAAGUAAUGAUCCAAGCUUGACAGAAUCAUAUGAUGGCUAUACACUUUUCUAUGUCAAAGGAAGAUCAGGAAGAUUUCUCGACGGUCUGAGAUUUGUCUGGUCUAAAACAUGUGCACGAGUUAGUUCCAAAGAAUGCAUGCCUUCCUCUUAA